AUGGCUUCUUCACUGGCUUCCGACAAGCCUAGCUUGCCCGCACCUGGCGCAGCGCCGUGCGACCCGUUUGUCAUAACCGACGACACCAACACAACAACACCCGCCCAUCACCGAUAUUCACAAUACGACCAUGACUUUUUCGUCACUGGCCCUGCCUCGCCAGAAUCUGCGAAACGAGCUCUAGCCGCUCAUCUUCAAGAAACGGAGCGACGCCUUGAAGAGGCGGGCAAACUCGGUAAUGCCUUGGUCGCCCAGCGCAAAGAGCUCACCGAACAACUUAAGGAGAUUGAGAAGGUGAACAGCGAGGAGGAAUUGUCCCAAGAACUCCGCGAGCGAAUGGUCGACAUCGAGAAGGAAUUCAACACACUCACUCGAGAGUCUGCGCGAAACCUGUUGCCAAAACAGAGGGUUCCCAGCAAUGAGGUUCACCCUAGUUCUCCCUUUGCGCCCGACACCAAGGGCCCCAGAGUACGAUCUGUCAGCCCGUCUAAAUUUGAGAUUCAAGCAACAGGGUCCCCUACCAAGCUUACCGUCCCGAAUCGCAAGGCUCGCAAUCAGCCUUCCAACAGGGUCCACGAUAUCGAAUUCGCCACCGAGAUCAGCACUUCACUUAUCGCUCAAGUUCGCAAUCUGCAAGGUGUACUCGCCGAAAGAGAUGAAGAAAACAAAGACCUCAAAGCCGACAAGGCGCGACUUGAGCUCGAAUCAGAGGGAUUCCAGCAGCGCUUCAAGUCCCUUGACGAAAGCGAGAACCGAUAUAAGGAGGAGAACUGGAAUCUUGAGACCAAGCUGCAAGAGCUCACUACUCAACACAAGGAGGCGCUCGAUCGCGAGAAGAAGCUUACGCAAUCCCUCAAUGUGAUCAAGACGGAAAAGGUCAACACGCAGCGAGAACUCGACGAAGUCAAGGUGACUCACGCACGGUUGAUUGAUCAGCACGCCGCUGCUGUCAAGCAACAUGACAUUGAACUUGGUACUGUCAGACGUAAUAUCGCAAUGGCAGAGGGUGAACGUGCCGCUAUGCAGCGCAGGAUUGAUGACCUCACUGGGCAGAACCAAGAGCUCGCCAGGGCCUUUGCAUCCCAGCGCCGAAUUGUCACGGAACUCGAACCCACUAUCCGAGCCAGCGAUGACGAUCUUGAAUCAUCUACCGAUCAUCUAACCCCCGAGCACUCGCCGCCCCAAUCACCGAUGAAGGGUACUCCUCGCCAUGCCAUGCUGGAGACCGAGACUAUGAAAUCCUCUCUUCACCACGCUCAACGUACCAUCCAGAGCCAGCGAGGUCUCCUUCACCGUGAGAAGACCGAGAAGCUGGAGCUUCGACGAAUUAUCCAGGAUCUUCGCGAUGAUCUCGAGAAGGCGCGCAGUGACCCAAGUGAACCCAAGCCCCAACGACCUCGCCGCACCAAAGAUUCUAAGGAAUUUAAGAAGCCCCCUCGUCUACUUGGAUCCUUCCGCUCUAGCAGACAAGAGGUUAUCACCGAUGAUGGCGAGUGGGAGGACCAGACCGAUAUUUCUCCUCGUGCCUCUGUGUCUCCUUCUUUGGCUAGGGCUUCCUUAGCCAACAGCAGUCACACUGUUCUACCAAGCAUCGAGAUUCCUGACGCGACGGAUACUGAGCAUUUCGACACUGCGAAUGAAGGUGCCGACUCAGCCUUCGAGACGGCUAACGAGCGGGCCACCGAAACCGAGGAUUUCCAGACUGGAAACGAGGAAAUGUCAGCAAGCGACGACACCGAAACUGAGGGCACUACCCGGGGCUUUGCCAGCAUGCGGAAUGCUCCCCGAUUACCGGCCGGCGGCUUUGUGCGUCAUGGAAGCACCAACUCUCUGCAUAGCACUGCUUCCACCUCAGCUGAUGAGGACGACGUUGCGUACACCAAGACUCCAAGUGGUACCAUCAGAUCCCAGAGGAGCAGUCGUUUCCGCAUGAGCCGUAGUGUCUUUAGCCGUUCCAGACAAGCCAGUGAGGAGCCCGCGUUCCAGAGCAGCCCCGUCAGCUAUGCGGGCAGUCGGGACGCAACACCCCACGGUCAGAGUUUGUUUGCCGAGCUCCAAGACUUCGACGGUAGUGACGACGACUCAGCCGGACCUGGCACUCCCAGCCGACUUCGUGCUCGUUCCAUGACCCCUGGCUCCAUUAGAUCUUUCCGCCGAGGAUCAUCUCCACGACCUGCGGUGCCUCCCCUGCCAAAGGUCAUCAUGGUUGAUACUGGUGUGAUGACAGAGCCCGUCAAGAUCGUGCCCAGACUCUCAGGGUUCCAGUCGGCCCAGACGGCCUCGAGCGGCUCAAUGACGGAGGAUGGAGAAGAGAGCUUUGCUGAAUCGCCCAUUAGCGUGAUGACUGCUAACCGUCCUGGUUCUAUGCAGUCAGCUAUCGGUCCUCUGAGCCAGCGUGGCCCCGCCUCCUGGCCUGUUGACUUCGCUUUCGGUGGUUCUAGGCCAGUUUCUAUGGCCUAUAGUGAUGCUGGUGCUCAACAUGAUCCUGAUAUGGAAGAGAAGCUCGCCCAAUUCCCCGCUCCUCCUUCUAUGCUCGCUCCCAUCCUACCUCCUAUUCUGAGCAUGUCCUCAAUCGCAUCCGAGGAUGUCGAGCCCAGGGAAGAAGUCGAGGUACCCCCGACUCCUCUGGCAUUGACCUUUACACCCCUCUCAAACCAGAGCGUUGAGCCUUUGGCCGAGCCUGAGAUUCCUCUUCCUGAUCUGACAAUGACAUCGAUCAUCUCCGAGGAGCUAGAGCCUCGUGCUGAGCCUGUUGUUCUCCCUCCAGCCCUCAGCCUGUCUACUAUCGCUGCUGAGCACUUGGAACCCCGUGCGGAGCCUGAGACUCCCGCUCCGAAGCUCAGCAUGUCUGCUAUUGCGGCACACAGCCUGGAACCCAAGGCCGAACCUGAGGCCCCUCUGCCUGACUUGUCGUUGACAAACAUCAUUACCGAGGAGGUCGAGCCCAUUACUGAACCUCCUGUUGAGCCCGUCAUGUUCAUGCCUCCUCCUCCGGCAUUGUCCAUGUCCGCCAUUGCUGGUGAACAUGUCGAGCCCAUCGCAUCCAAGAACCCCGCGCUGAGCAUGUCUGGCAUCAAGGGUGAGCACAUUGUGCCAAUCUCUGAGCCAGCUGCGCCUGCUCCCGAGCUCCUUCUGUCCACAAUCCGAAGUGAGCAUGUGCAGCCGAUCGCGGAGCGGGAGAUCAACUCUGCUGUGCCAGCCGUUGUCGCCCCCUCACUGCCCCCAGCUCCUGCACUAAGCUUCUCCGCGAUCCACGGAGAGAAUGUUCAGCCUAUUGCCAUUGGGGCACCCAAGCUCGCCAUGUCCAAGAUCGUGGGCGAGGCCGUUGAGCCUAUUGUUGAGCCUGCAGUUGAGCCUACCAUCCCUCAACUUAGCAUCUCGACAAUUCAAGGCGAGGAGGUUGAACCUGUUGUGGAGCCAGUGCCUGAGCUCUCCUUCUCUACCGUCAAGGGCGAGUGUGUUGAGCCAACUGAUCUUCCUGCUCCUGAUCUGGCUUUCUCAUCCAUCGUCGUGGAGUCUCUGGAGCCCAUUAGCGAGCCUGAGAAGAUUGUCCCCAUGCCUUCGCUCAAGAUGUCAGCUAUCUAUGGCGAAGGCUGUGAACCGAGAGAGGAGCUGCCCCCUACUCCAACCACACUCGUCUUCUCUGGUCUGUCUACGCAAGACGUGCAGCCCGUAUCUGAGCCUGUGCCAUCCCUGGCUUUCUCUGGCAUUACGUCUGAGAACGUGAAGCCUGUUCUUGAGGCAGUACCUGCCCCCCCAACUUUGGCUAUCUCUUCAAUUGCCGCCCAAAGCGUCGAGCCCAUCAGCCCCGUCCACAAGACACCCACGUUGCCCGCCUUUGGAUUCUCUUCUAUCGAAUCUGUCGAGACCAUGCCCGUCUCACCACGGACUCCCAAGAGAGAGGGUUUCAUUCUUCCCCGCGACAUGCACUCGCCAUUCAUGGAGCGCGAUAUUCCUCGAACUCCAGAUAAUCAGAGAUCAUACAAUGGCGAUGUCGAUCAAGGCUCUUCACCUCUUAUGGUUGAGGAUGAGAACACCCAGACCCCAAGCGACACUCCUGAGCCCGCCACACCCGACUCUCAUCGUCCAUUUGAUAAGCCGUUGGUCAUCAUGAACGACCAGGGUGCGCAAACAUCUCUCACUGCCGAUGCCAUUGACGCCAUGUUCAAGGCUCGUGCUCAGCCUCUCGUUGGACUCCAGAAGAAGCUUUCAAUGACGAGCCCUGACACGCCUGCAACCACUGGCACAACCGGUACUGUCAGAAUCCACCGGCGCGACAGCUUUGAGAGCCCCGUCCGACAAGAUAGGGAUGAUGAUGUCUUCGACGCAUCAUUUGCCCGUCCGGGCAGCUCUAGAAGCGGCAUGGCAUCUAUGCACGAUGCCCCUCCUCUGCCCGCCAACCACCGCCAGGUCAUCGAGGCUGCACGAUCUGGUUCGGCCCAUAGCAACCAGAACAACAUGGGACCCCCACUAUGGCCAGCAUCUGUACUCAAGCAACGACCAACUACUCCGGGACAGGGUGCCUCGCCGUCUCUUCGCGUUGGCACACCCCGUGCCGCUCGUAACCCCGUCAGCUACGGUGAGCUUGGAAGACAAUCACCAUCCAAGCUUACAACGGCAUCACGCAAGUCAUCUGUAUCAUCGUUUGCCUCGGAACUUGACACUCGCUUCAACAUCCGUCCUGGCGAGAUGGGCAUGGAUCCCGCUGGCUUUGGACCCAACACUGAUCCCCGCAUGAUCCAAGCCAUCACUCAGACCAUGAUCGGAGAGUACUUGUGGAAGUAUACUCGCAAGACAGGUCGCGGCGAGAUGUCAGAGAACCGACACCGCCGUUACUUCUGGGUCCACCCUUACACCAGGACUCUCUAUUGGAGUGACCGAGACCCUUCAACUGCUGGGCGCACCGAGUUAAAGGCCAAGAGCGUGCCUAUUGAGGCUGUCCGUGUCGUUACAGACGACAACCCAAGCCCCCCUGGACUGCACCGCAAGAGCUUGGUUAUCAUUUCGCCUGGUAGAACUAUCAAGUUUACCUGUGCGACCGGGCAGCGACACGAGACAUGGUUCAAUGCCCUCUCGUAUCUGUUGCUUCGCACCAACAAUGAUCAAGCUAAUGUCGAAGAUAUUGCUGAGAACUUCACUCGUGAGGAUGUGGAUGAGUUUAACCCUCAAGUUGGACAGCGCCCUGGCUAUGCAACCCGCCCAGGAGCUGCACCUUCUCUGUCGUCUUACCAUUCCCGAACAACCCGUAAUGAGUCACCAGCUGUUGGUAUGUCCAUGAACAUCCCGACUCUGACACCCAAGGCUCAGCCCCAGCGUCCGGCCGGAACACUUAGCAAGCUCAGUGGUUACUGGAAAGGCAGCCAGCUGUCUGGCACCUUCUCAACUCUGCGUGGCCGGGGCCCCAGCGCACAGAACGUUCAUAUCUAUGAGGCUAGUGAAGCACACGACAGUGCUGAGGACGUGAGGGAGAUCAUCGAGAGGCAGGAUAGGGAUGCUGACCGUCUCGAGAACGUCCGAGCAUGCUGCGAUGGCAAGCAUGAUGUUGGAACCCUCCACCUUACCUCUAAGCGAGGCAGCCGUCCCGGAAACAACCACGCGCACUCUACGCACUCUCAGCCUGGACUCACACACUCUCAUACCACCAUGUCUUCUGUACGCUCUCGAGUUUAAGCAGGCGCAUACAUAUACACAACUAUUCCGUUCCCUGUAGAUCACCUUUGUUGACCAUUUCACUGUUUGUCAAACUCAAUUGUUACGACGACCGACAUCCUUACGGACUUUCACGAUACUUAUGAUUUUCUUGACUUUUCUGCUGUGCGUCCUCGACAACGAACCCAGGAGCCGGUACCCAGAAAGACUAUAAUCACCUACUACAGCCAUCAGCUGGCUACGAACAACCAAACCUUUUCUUAACUUGUCAUUGUCCUUAUAAUACUGCAUCAUUCGCGAAUAGAUCUGCCGAUCCAAAGUGCGUUCGACGCAGACG